AUGAGCAGUUGUAAUGUGCUUCAGUCAGAUGCUCAGGCAGAAGCACCAAGUCCCAUAUUACCAACAUCAAGGUGACCUUUUGUGUUAGCCUCUUCCAUUCAAGAUUAUCAGAUCCAGAACAAUAAAGCCAGCAUAGCAGCAAUCCUGUGUCAGCUAUUGGCGAUUUUGGGGAUACUAUUUGGAAAUUUUCAAUCCGACUGACAUUUUUGAGGAUUAACAUUGAGAUCUCUCGAUCAUCUUGUCACCAUCCCAGGAUUUUAGAAAAGGGAACUGAGGGAUACUACAAACAUCUGAGGAAAAAGUCACACAAUACAGCAAGCAAAUGUUCAACUAAAGGUUUUAUUUGAGAAGGAAGAUAAGAUGCCUUUUGAGGUACUGAAUUCAUUCAGACAGAGAUUUUUAAAGCCUGGGAAGGAAGAGGUGAAGAAUACUGUUAGUGACUCACUGGGACGCUUCCAAAGAAAAAUUGAUGGAACCAACCUAGAAGAAGAUAACAUAGAACUGAAUGAAGAAGGAAGAUGUGUACAGGCAGCUACUCAGAAACCUCCCUUGUUUGACUGCCAUUGCUGUGGACUACCCAAGCGCUACAUUAUUGCUAUAAUGAGUGGCCUGGGGUUUUGCAUUUCUUUUGGAAUUAGAUGCAAUCUUGGAGUUGCUAUAGUAGAAAUGGUUAACAACAACACAGUUUAUGUGGAUGGAAAACCAGAAAUCGAGAAAGCACAAUUCAACUGGGAUCCGGAGACCGUGGGGCUUAUUCAUGGCUCAUUUUUCUGGGGUUACAUUGUCACACAAAUUCCAGGAGGCUUCAUUGCAAACAAACUAGCAGCCAAUAGAGUAUUCGGAGCAGCCAUUUUCCUAACUUCCACACUGAAUAUGUUCAUUCCUGCAGCUGCCAGAGUACAUUAUGGUUGUGUUAUGUUUGUAAGAAUUUUACAAGGUCUCGUGGAGGGUGUGACCUACCCAGCUUGCCAUGGGAUGUGGAGUAAAUGGGCUCCUCCAUUGGAGAGAAGCAGGCUAGCAACCACAUCUUUCUGUGGUUCUUACGCUGGGGCAGUAGUUGCUAUGCCCCUAGCAGGUGUACUGGUACAGUAUAUAGGAUGGGCAUCAGUUUUUUAUAUAUAUGGAAUGUUUGGGAUUUUCUGGUACAUGUUUUGGCUUUUGCAUGCCUACGAGAGCCCAGCCGCACACCCUACAAUAACCAAUGAGGAAAGAACUUAUAUAGAAACAAGUAUAGGAGGAGCCAAUCUAGUCAAUGCCAGCAGAUUUAGUACCCCAUGGAAACGGUUUUUCACCUCAAUGCCAGUUUAUGCAAUCAUUGUGGCAAACUUUUGCAGAAGUUGGACUUUCUACUUGUUGCUAAUAAGUCAGCCUGCUUAUUUUGAAGAGGUCUUUGGAUUUGCAAUAAGUAAGGUUGGUCUUUUGUCUGCGGUUCCACAUAUGGUCAUGACAAUAAUUGUACCCAUUGGAGGGCAGUUGGCUGACUUUUUACGAAGCAGAAGGAUUUUAACAACUACUGCAGUAAGAAAAAUCAUGAACUGUGGAGGAUUUGGGAUGGAAGCUACCUUGCUUUUGGUGGUUGGCUAUUCUCACACAAGAGGGGUCGCCAUUUCUUUCUUGGUUUUGGCAGUAGGCUUUAGCGGAUUUGCGAUUUCAGGAUUCAAUGUCAACCAUUUAGAUAUUGCACCCCGCUAUGCCAGCAUCCUCAUGGGCAUCUCCAAUGGAGUGGGGACACUUUCAGGGAUGGUGUGUCCCCUCAUUGUUGGUGCAAUGACUAAACAUAAGACUCGUGAAGAGUGGCAAAAUGUCUUCUUAAUAGCCGCCCUAGUUCACUAUAGCGGAGUGAUAUUUUAUGCUAUUUUUGCUUCUGGAGAAAAGCAGGAGUGGGCUGACCCAGAAAACUUGAAUGAAGAGAAAUGUGGAAUAAUUGACCAAGAUGAACUAGCUGAAGAGACUGAUCUGAACAGUGUUAGCCCAAAGAAAACAUAUGGUGCUACCUUUCAAAAUGAUGAAGUGCAAGGGAAAGUGCUGCAAAAGCAAAAGGAAGUGAUGCAAGAUCUAGAAGAACAGACUUCCUACCAAUAUGAAAAUGGAAACUUUCAAGAUAUGUCAUAAUAUCUGACCAUAAUUUGUGUAACCAUUAUGUACCCUGCACAAAACCAAGCAGUAUCUAUUAUUAUCUAGUUGUUAUUUUGUGAAUAAUCUUGCCAAAUGGCUAGCUAUGAUAUAGUAAUUUUCAACCUGUAGCACAGAAAAAGAACAAAGUGGGAUGUCUGAUAUCCCUAUGUUCAGCCCUUGAUUUCUUUGUGAAGGCCAUGGUGUUUUUAUACUGUAUACACCCCCACUAUUUAUUUUAACUGUUUCUAAAUCCUUUUCAAGUGAACUGUUCAUCAGGUGAAUAUUAUCAACAAAGAGGUUCUGAGAAACAGCCAUUUUUAGGGAUGCAGUUAUGUUAUUUACUGCAAUACCAUCAUCAUCCGUUAACUAAACAUGUCUUCGGCACCUAGUACGCUGUAACAGAGAAAGUACUAUGGUACAGCUGUAAUGCAGCACUUUAAGCAAAUGAAAAUGAAAACUGAUCAUUAGAUGUAAUUUUAGAAAGUCUACUGGGUAGAUUUUCACUUCUCAAUUCCCUUUUUGCUGGUACAGAUAACAUGAAUGUCCUUGGAAGAGAUAUUUUUCAAAACUCUUCAGAAUAUAUAUGAGUAUUCUAAUAAUGGUUAUGAUUAGAAUGUCUGUAUUGCUGGAUGCAUAAGUUCUGGAUGGCUGACCUAUCAAUCUAUAUGCACCAUGAGACCCUAUGCUAUUUCUUCAGCUUUGCUGUGAUAUACUUGCUUGUAAUUGAAGGGGCCAGUCCAAGGGACAUCUGCACAAAUGCCACUAAAAUCAUUGAAAUGUUUGUGCAAGAAAGUAGGUGUGGUCUUAUUCAUUUCAAUGAUACUUGCAUAGAUGAAGCUUCCAUUAGGUUGGCCUGAUGCUAGACUAUGUACUUUUGGAUAGGAGGAUUU